ACCAUCUCUUUCUUUUUCCGGCAAACUCUACGUGCUGUCGACACAUUUUUGUGGUAACAGCGCCAAGUUUUUGGAUUUUCGUACACAAUGGUCAGUCUUAAGGUGCGCAGGAAGACCAGGAAGCUGCGUGGUCACGUCAGCCACGGUCAUGGUCGUAUCGGCAAGCACCGUAAGCAUCCUGGUGGUCGCGGUAACGCUGGUGGUAUGCACCAUCAUCGUAUCAACUUCGACAAAUACCAUCCGGGAUACUUCGGCAAGGUCGGUAUGCGGAACUUCCAUCUGAACCGUAACCACAAGUUCUGCCCGACGAUUAACCUCACACACCUGUGGAGCCUGGUGCCAGAAAAGGUGCGCGAGGAAGCGAAGAAGAAUCCCGAGAAGGUCCCGGUCGUCGAUCUGGUUCAGUUCGGUUACUUCAAGCUGCUCGGUUCCGGUUUCCCACCGAAGGCGCCCAUCAUUGUGAAGGCGAAAUACUUCUCCAAGCUGGCCGAGAAGCGUAUCAAGGCGGUCGGCGGUGCUUGCUUGCUGCGGGCUUAGAGCAUUUGGCUUUGGGUUCACUCACACGGCGCCUCGGAAGGGCCAUACUAUACAUUCAAGUGACGUUGCGCCGUCCGGAACAGCCACACCAACACCAUCUCGCGGUCCUUCCGGCUGUUCUGUUUUGUUUUGGUACAACGUUUCGUGUGUAUUGUGCAUGUGAAGGUAGAAGUGCGAUCUGACGCAUGUAAAUGGGAGUGGAAACGUGAAAGGAAGAGCAGAAAAUACAAGAAACCAACAUCUAAAACCUGA